AUGACGUUCAGGGCCUUUAUUUUGUGCUAUGUUGUGAUGCUAUUUGCUGGCUCCAUCCUAGCAAACAGUUGGUGGUCAGCUUCAAGUGAUGACACUGGACAGCAAAGUGAAAUCGAAGAGCAUUAUUCUCGCAGAGAUGAACCAGAGACCGGCCACGCGAACCCAGCAAAGCGAUAUUUUUGGACUCCUGACGAUCAUGUAGUACCGAUGGAGAUGAAACACUGGACAACUGACUGA